AUGUACACAUCAGGUGAACGGGAGACUUGGACAAAACAAUGGUGUGGCUAAAAUUACAGUAAAAUGUAAAACCAUAAGCGAGGACCAUUAAAACCUGUUACUUAAAAUAUAUAUAUAUAUAUAUAUAUAGCAAAUUUUAUUGUAGAGCAAACUAAACAUAAGAAACAGAGCGGAAAUAUCUCGGUGUACUUCACGAGAUCUGACAUCAAAAUUUUUCAGCAAUACGUUAUAGUCGAACCCACUAUUUUCCAACCUGCUAAUAGAAUUUUGGUAAGUAGGUGCCCAGAUAAGCGAAGCAUAUUGAAGCCUGAUUGUGACUUUCUAACACAGCACUUCAGCAACAGCAUCGUAAUGUAACGUUAUAGUCAACUUCGUAUCAAAUGUAACCAGGCAGCAGCGGUGGCCGCAGUAGUAGACUCUUCGGUCUCCUGAUCAGUCGCCGUGCGCUGUGCGGGUUCGAGUCCCAUCCCAGGAGAAAUUUUUCUCUUGGCUAUGGAUGUUGUGAUUGUCCGUAGGGAUGCAACGAUAUAUCGGAAAACCGACAAAUAUCGAUAUAUCGACAACUAAAAAUUUCGCUACUUAUCGAUAUCAACGAUACGCUUAUAUCGAUAUAUCGAUAUCGAAAAAUUCAAUAUAUCGCAUCAAAAGAUCGAAAAGCCCACCCAAAUUAAAAUACCCACAAAACCGGGUAAAACGCUUGACUGGCAACGUGACAACACUGACUCUCUAGAAAAUGAGGUAUGACGAUAUGAUAAGUGACAAAUGUAUAUGUUUUGUGAUAUAACAUGUGACAUGUACACGUGUUGUACCUGUUGGUUGCUAAUAAAUUAAUACUCAAUUUUAAUUUCAAAAUAUGAAGAGAAGUAGAUUAUGGCCAUAUUUCAAAAAAGAAGACGGUACUGCCGUUUGC